AUGGAGAAAUUGGUCGUAUCAUAUCCGCUGUUUUUGCUGCUCCUCUUGCCCCCCUGCCCUCCUCCCCUCAGCUUUGAAGAUCCCUCACCAGCCCUUCCUCACCAGUCUCCUCGUAUUCUCGUCCCACCACGCCCUGCUUUUCCCUCUUUUCCCCACCCAAUUCCUCUUCCCCCCACCCCCCCUACCCCACUGGCCCACCCGCCUCUGCAACGACCAAGCCCUCCUCCUCUCCCCUCCUCCCGGCCCGGCCUCCCUGUCCUCCGUGAGUGCAGCAACGAGUUCAGGCAGGAGCUGCGCAUCCUGCAGUCGCUGCGCCACCCCAACAUCGUGCAGUUCCUGGGAGCCGUCACCAAGUCGCGCCCGCGCAUGAUUGUUACAGAGCACCGCAAGGUGCCCAAUUUCUACAUGACAGAUGCCAUCUCACGGGCAUCAGUGACCAUGGCUAAGUGCACGUCUGCCAAAGCCAAGCAGGCAGCACAGCCGCUGCACUGA